AUGUAUACUGUUGUUGGACAUGAACGGUAUCUACCCUUGGUAAGAGCAUCAUCAAUUGGAAAUAGCUCCUACACGCCUAAGCUACCGGUAACUGUCUACUAUGAAGCGCUGUGCAGUGACAGCAUGGUGUUCAUCAAAAACCAGCUGUAUCCGACUUGGUUGCGCCACGAAAAUAAAAUGAACCUUCGUCUGGUCCCGUUUGGAAAGGCUUGGAUUGAAGAACGUGCGAACGAUACGCCAAAGUUUUAUUGUCAGCACGGCCCUCGGGAAUGCGAGCUGAACAUUUUGCAUGGUUGCAUACUGAAGAAGCUAGCAUUUAAGAAGGCCUUCCCGGUGGUGGCUUGUCUCAUGACGAACUUCCAGACGAGCUUUGAUCAGUGCAUCGAAGAAUAUGCUUCGUACAAGCAAGGUAUCGUUAAUUGCAGCCAAGGGCAGAAAGGGGCCAAAUUGUUUGCCAAGUUUGGUAACGAAACAGACAGCGUUCAUCGGCCACUCCCGUUCGUACCCUCCAUCGUCGGUGAUCAGCCAUAUGAUUUCUAUGAACAGGACGAUUGGCUUCAACAUUUUGAAAGAAAGUUUGCUGAACGUUAUGAAGCAAAGUUCGGUACAAAGCCAUGAUUGUAUUGCAGCAGUCACUAAAAGAAGCAUUAUAUACCAGAUAAUCAGACCAACGAUACUUUGAAAAUCAUUUGGAUCAAUUCGUUGGUUAAUAUUUUAUUCGAGGUAAUUCAAGGU